UCGGUAUGGAAUCCAAUCACUAUUGUUGUAUAAUCUACAAGAUUUGGCAGUUUUUCAUCAGGUCUCUCUAUCUCAUAUGCCAUAGCAGGAUAAUACUUGUCUUUGGUUUACUCUUUGUCGUCUGGCAGAGCUACAACAAUUUUGAGGCCCAAAAAGAAUUAUACCGCUUGGCAAGAGAGUCCCUGGAAGCGAUAAGGGCAGACUUGAUUACUCUUAAAAACAUACAUGAACCACUGUAUGUGCAUGUACCUCCCAGUGCCGAAACAUGCUCUUGUGCCUCAGAGUACAACAAAAUAGGAAACGUUUCAAGCGACUACCCUACCAUUUAUACAAUAACACCUACCUUUGCGAGGCCUCUGCAGAAAGCUGAGCUCACCAGGAUAUCUCAAACAUUUUUGCUUGCUCCUAAUUUUCAUUGGAUCGUAGUAGAAGACUCUCCGAAUAAAACUUCGCUGGUGACGAAUUUUCUUGCUCAGAGUGGUCUUAAUUACACUCAUCUGUAUGCGCCUACGCCAUCAAAGCAUAAACCUGGCAAAAAUGAGCCGAAGUGGAAGCAUCCAAGGGGAGUUGAGCAACGAAAUGUAGCUCUCAGGUGGAUCAGGGCUAAUCUUAACGAGAGACACAACGGUGUUAUUUACUUUGCGGAUGAUGAUAACACGUACUCUCGUCAUCUAUUCCAAGAGAUAAGGAAAGUAAAAAGAGUUGGUAUCUGGCCAGUUGGUCUGGUUGGCGGUCUCAUGGUUGAAGGGCCUAUAUGUGACAAAGUUACCAAAAAAGUGACAGGUUUUAAAACGGCAUGGGCAACAAAUAGGCCAUUUCCCAUUGAUAUGGCUGGUUUUGCAAUUAACUUACAGGUAAUUUUAGAGAAAAAGAAUGCCGAGUUCUCAUACAAGACUCUAAAUGGCCUUCACGAAAACCAUAUUCUCCGGCAAGUCACAACCAGGGAGGAAUUAGAGGGUUUGGCUAAUGGUUGUACGAAGGUGUAUGUCUGGCACACGCAAACAAGUACACCCGAUUUACAUGCGGAAAAAAAAUUGGAAAAACAAGGGAAAUCAACGAAUUCCGUUAUUGAAGUGUAAUGAAGAUGAUCAUUUUUGUCUCUUUGCCGAAUCAAAUAUCAUAGCUUACCCGCACUGUCAGUGUCAUACUUUAAAUAUUUUUUCCAAAACACACUCGUCAAAAUAAAACACACUUUGUUGAGACUUGUACCGCUUAAAAUGUCAAUGUUUUGGACAAAAAAAUGAGCAUUACCAUGAAACAUGGGU